AUGAGUUUACCUGAGCCGCCGUCCUCCGUGGACAGUGGUUGUUCUGUCGUCCACGACAAUACUCUUUAUGUCUUCACACCGACUGCCUUCAUGUCCCUCUCACUUGAGGAGGGAGCAGAAUGGAAGGAACUGAAAAUGGGGCAACAGGUCACCGGCGGAGUAUGUGUCGGUGCUGCUUCCGCGUUCUUUGUUGUUGGAGGUAGCGGUGGUCCUGCGGACUAUAAUGGUCUGCAAAGAUACAUAUUCGCUGAUAAGAAGUGGGAGAAUGUUGAAAUGCAGGACUCUAGAUUCCGCAACCUUCAGUACCACGGUGCGACAUACAUCAAGAACACUGACCAGAUCGUUGUAUCUGGCGGUAGUCAAGAUGGCAGAGAUAUUGCCUCGAGCGAUUCCUACUUCUUCACUGCCUCAGGACCAUACACACUACAGUCCACGGCCGGUGCCAUUUCAACUGCCGACCCUCUUCUUUUGCCCUGGUCUGACGAUGAAGCAUGCAUGCUUGCUGGUGAUGGUUCGAGUACUGGAGUCGUUGUUUUCAACCCCACGAAUGGCUGGACAGAUAAGAAGACUACAUUGGCUGCACCUCUUACACCUUCCAGCAAAGCCCUCGUUUUACAAGGAGAUGAUGGCUCCAAGAGCCUCUAUGUCUUCGAUCUCUCAGCGAGCCCCAAUACGGUCCGCCGUUAUGUUGUUUGGGGCGACAAUAAUGCACCUGGCCAGAACGCUGUCGACCAGAACGCGAAGCGCGAUCUGUCCCAGAACAACUGGCCUGCAUACAACUCAACAUUGGCGCCUACGGCGGCACGGGCGCAAGGACAAUACUCUAUUGCCCAAGACUCCAAUGGUAGAGUUGUGUUUGUUGGCGGCAACAAAGACGAGCCUCUCGCUUUCUUUGAUAUGAAGGAGAACUCCUGGCUGGAUGCCGCUAACAUUGUUGGCGAAGACCAAAAGAUUCUCUCGGCAGAGACGUCUACCGCCACCAGCUCUACCAAGACCAAGACCAAGACAAGCUCUACCAAGACAGUGUCAACUGCAUCGACCGAAACAGAGUCCUUUACCUCGGACUCUUCGUCUACCUUUGCGACUUCUACUGCCUCCGCUACAGCGACGGACGAUUCGUUCGCAUCUGAGACGAUAUCUGAUAGCUCGGCUACUAACAGUGACGUUGCGCCAAUUGGUAGUGGAAGCAGCAAUAGCCACUCUGGUCUUAGCUCUAACGCCAUCCUCGGCAUCACUCUCGGUACGAUCUUGGGCUUCAUUGCCUUGCUUAUCGUUAUCCUCUUGCUCCUACGUCGCCGCAAGAAGACUCGCCAACCUUCGCCCGAGAGCGCGCCACCACCCAGACAGGAGUUUCCUCGUGACGAGAAGGAUCCCAUGGGACUUGGUGGUGGCCCGAUGUCACCUUUCCGUACCCACCACCCUAAUCAGUCUGCAGAGUCAUUCUCAUCCAUGGCCAUCCUAAUGGGACGUGCCGGCAAGAACAAGCCCAGCAUUUCCCGAAAGCUCAGUAAUGGCUCCAAUGGUACAUCCGGCAGCGUUGAUCACAACCAACUCAAAUCGUCUAUUAGCAAGCCCGUCUUGCAAGAGAUGCAACACCCAGCCUUGCAAGGACAAGAUACUCGAGGGGUUGCGUUCGAUCCCACUGUUGUUGAGCCUCGACCCCGUAACGGACCCCUCGAAACACAAGACGGUUUGCGUAGGAGCUCAGGAUGGAACCGAUACUGGUCAGGCGGCAGCGCACUUCAGAUUCUGGGUUUCGGUGGUCCUAAGAGAAAUACCGCUGCCUCAGACAGUGAUUCGCACUAUUCGGAUGCCGUACACCCCCGCAACCCCCGAGCUACACAAGAUUCCGCUACUGUCCCUCCCUUGAACUUCGAGUUCCGUCCUGAGAUGAACCGAGUCAACUCUGGAAGCCCUGUUGUUUCAGAGUACAGCAAGAACAUCCCUUUCAGAGACGGAGUUGCUGCCAAGAUUGAACGCCCAAUCUCAAAGGCAUCUUCUGGCUACUCAAGCGGCAUCCCAGAGAGUGUAAAUGAAACAUGGGACCCUGAUUAUAAGGACAAGCCCUGGGGCACCGACAGAGCGACCAGCAGCAUUUACAACCCAAGCUUUUACUUCGGAGCACCACUGUCUCCCAGAGUUCCACCUCCCCAAACACCACCUUCCGGUGUGAGCACUCAGCCUCAACUCGCCAUGUCGGCACAAUCGUCAGACAUGAGCUGGCUGAACCUUGGUGACCGGUCGCGCAAGUAG